AUGCGGAUAUCGCAAUUUCUCGGGCAGACUUGGACUUUGACUGAGAAGGACCUGCUGCUGAUUGUACGGCGAAGAUGGCUCAGCACCUUUAUUCGAGCCCUCGCGUUUCCUGUCGUUCUCACAGUUAUCCUCGCGUCAAUCAAGAACUGGAUACACAACGACGGAGGAUAUGGCAUCGGCGCUCCCUCGCCGAUCCGAUCAUUACCAGAAGCUUUCGACGCCGUCGGAGAUGCCAGGAAGAAGUUCGUCAUCGUGGAUCGAGGUCUUCAAGGAGAAGACAUUCGCUAUAUCAUUGACCAACUGCGCGACAUGGCAAAUAAUGGCGGGCGAACAGUAACUAUUCUCAAGGACGACUAUCAGAUACCUGGAGUUUGUCCUAGCUCCAGCAAGGGAGUGACCGACUGCUUCGCCGCCGUGGACUUUUGGAGCUCACCUGCAGAAGGCCCCGGCCAGCUCUUCAAUUACACAAUUUGGCAAGACAGUGUCAUUAGUGGUGCUCGUGUCGACAGAGACGACAAUGCUGUUCAACUGUAUACUCUCCCAUUGCAAAGGCAAAUCGACUCUUUGAUAUCGGAGAGAAACAACGGAUCACGAUUGCCAGACACUAUCCUGCAAUACCCAUUCACCUCCACGACGCAGGCGCAGAAAGAUUUCGAGGACAGCAAGUUCUUUGGACUGCUGGUCACUCAGGCCAUUGCAUUCGCUCUCUUUAUCGGUAUGGCCGGAAUCGCCUAUCAUCUGACAGGACACGUAGUCCGACAACGGGAGGAAGGCAUGCUGCAAUUGAUUGACGCGCAGAUGCCAAACAAAUCACGCUACGAGAGCCUGGUCGCGCGAAUGCUUGCUACACAUCUCGCAUUCGAUAUUGUCUACAUGCCAGGUUGGAUCAUCUGUGGAGCGGUCGUGGGAGCUAUCAUAUUCCCCCGUUCGAGCACUGGCUGGUUCGUGCUACUGUACAUCAUGGCAGGGCUCGCAAUGACAAGCUUCUCCAUUCUGGCCAGUUCGCUGUUCCGAAGACAGCAACUCUCUGCGAUUAGCGCAAUAGUCGCGGCCAUUGUCUUCGCCAUUGUCGCUCAAUUCACGCAGUCUGGUCAGAAAUCGACAUCCAACGCUGCUGCGACUGCUACUGGGCUACUGUUCCCCCCAAGCAGCUUCGUCUACUUCUUGGUCUCCGGUGCUGUUUCUGAGAUCUUCAGCCAGCCUCUGAAGCCGAACACUACCUAUCCAGAAUUGCUUACUAACUUACUUGAGAUCAAUGUGUGGACACUCACCCCUGCUCAUUUCUUGGGAUUCUUGGCCUUCCAGAUUGCACUUUACCCUAUAUUCGCCAUUGCCAUUGAGCGCUUUCUCUGGGGUAGCUCUUCCCGUGGACGAUACUUGAAGUCAAAGGACGACAUGCAAGGAAACGCACUCCGAAUCAAGAACUUCACGAAGCGGUACAACAAAGCCGUAAAGAAGAGUGACCGUACCCUCGCGGUGGAUCAGCUGUCCUUGGACUUGUAUGCUGGGUCAAUCACAGUCCUUCUUGGUGCAAAUGGAUGCGGGAAGUCCACGACGAUGAACUGCAUAGCCGGUCUCGAAAGCAUUACAGAUGGCGAGAUCGACAUUGAUGGCAGCGGUGGAAUUGGGCUGUGUCCUCAGAAGAAUGUCAUGUGGCCCGAUAUGACUGUGAAAGAGCACGUUGCGUUCUUCCAGAAACUGAAAAACCCUUCCAUGGCGAGGGCCGAGAAUAAGACAGAGGUGGAACGCUUGAUAGAAGGCUGUGACCUCAAGAAGAAAACAAAUGCCAAAUCCAAGACCUUGUCUGGUGGUCAGCAGAGAAAGCUGCAGCUGGCAAUGAUGCUGGCUGGUGGCAGCCAAGUGUGUUGCAUCGACGAAGCUAGUUCUGGUAUUGAUCCGCUGGCGCGUCGUAAGAUUUGGGAGAUUCUUCUGCGCGAGCGAGGACAUCGUACCUUACUCCUCACCACGCACUUCUUGGACGAGAGUGAAGUAUUGGCAGAUCACAUCGCGCUGUUGUCGAAGGGCAAGAUGAGAGCUGAAGGCACUGUGGCGACACUCAAGAACUCUCUCGGUGGAGGCUACCGUGUGGUGCUACCAGGUGCUGCAAAGCCUAUUCAGAACAUGCCAACAGGUGUUGCAGAGAGCCAAGAGGGUGGCAACACUAUCUUCACGGCCAAGGACAGUGCAUCACUUACUCUUCUUCUUGGAAACCUUGACCGGAAUGACGACACCAACUACGCGAUCGAAGGCCCCAGCAUCGAGAAGAUAUUCUUGCAGCUGGCUGAUGAGAUGAAGCACGAGGAACAACAGAACACUUACAUCAACUUGAAGAAAGACAGCGUGGCAAGCGAGGCCACCGCGGUACAUGGCUCUAUGUCGUUGCACACCGGCAAGCCUUGCGGACCUGUUAAGCAGACCAGAGCACUGUUUCGAAAACGCCUGACCAUCCUGAAACACAAUUUCAUGCCUUACGUGGCGGCUCUCUUCGUCCCGCUCGUGGUGGCUGGUGUCGUUACACGUUUUCUCGUAAAUGUGUCUUCAUCAGGCUUACAGUGCAGAGAUCCAGACGAGCAGUUUUCGUACCAAUUCACACCGACGGCCUUGACCCCUGGCUACAUCUCCUACAAUCUGAUCUUUGGUCCUCCCGACGCGAUCACGAACGAUACACUCGCUGCGCUUGUUCCCACGAAGCAAUUUUGUUAUCCAGGAUCUUAUUACUGCAAUGAUGGUACCGACACUUCAAAUUACUGGGACUCAACCGUGUCGGUGGACACGCUGGCAAAUUUCAACCAGCAGAUCAACAAUGGAGUGCAAACACAAGCGAAUGACAGAGGAGGCUUCUUCAUUGAUCCAAACGGGCCACCGGUGUAUGCAUGGCUCGCUGACUCCUCCAGUGGAUCCUGGCCCGCUUGGCAGAUGCUAGGUGUGCUCGAUAUGGCCUUGACGAACACCACUAUCGCGAUUUCACACUCCAGCUUCGUAAAAGGUUAUGCGCCAAGAGACUUUUACGAGAGUCUUGUCGCUGUAUUUACCACUCUGGGUUUCGUGCUCUUUCCCGGUCUUUUCGCUCUGUACCCGACUCGUGAACGAUUACAAAAGGUCCGAUCGAUGCAGUACUCCAAUGGCAUUCUCAGUGGUCCACUCUGGACGGCAUACGCGCUCUUCGACUUCUGUUUUCUCCUGCUCAUUGCCGUUCUGGUGACGGUCAUAUGGUUGACCAACGGCUACAACUUUUACGCUCUGGGCUACAUGUUCGUUGUUUUCCUCUUCUACGGAACGGCAGCCACGGCAUACGCUUAUGUCAUCUCGCUAUUCGCUACUUCUCAGCUUGCCGCAAUUGCAAUGACCUGCAUCUUGCAAGCCGUAAUCGCCAUGCUGUUCUUCGUCGGCUGCUUCCUGACAGUCGACAUGGCUGACUUGAGUGUCAUUUACAGCCAGAUGGAGAUUUUGUUCUGGACGAUUGGUCUCAUAUGUCCAGCUGUCAGUCUGAUGCGUGGACUUAUGGUUUGUAUGAACGUCUACGCCAUUUCCUGUGCUGGAUCAUUCCGCUCGACGAAUCCUGGCAGUAUCACACUGUAUGGAGGGCCGAUACUAUAUCUGGUUCUGCAAUCGUUCCUGCUUGUUGCGUUCCUCAUCUUCUGGGAAUCUGGUCGCAGCCUUGAAGCUUUUGGUAUCCGCCUUGGAUCCAACCGUAAAACUCACAGCAACAAGGACACUGAAAAAGAAGUCGGAUCGGAUUCCGAUGUAGCAGAGGACAUGAACCGCUUGACAUCAGCAAACGAAGGUCUCCGCGUGCAACACAUCUCUAAGACCUUCAAAAGCAACCAAGCCGUCGACGAUGUCAGUUUCGGCAUCUUGCCUUCGGAAAAGUUCGCAUUACUUGGUCCGAACGGAGCAGGAAAGUCCACAAUGAUCUCUCUAAUCCGCGGCGACAUUGCACCCGACUCUCUCUCCGGUCGAUCAGAAAUCUACAUUUCUGGCGACAAUCUCAAGCAGACUCCUGUUGCCGCCAAACAGCACCUCGGCGUCUGUCCACAAUUCGAUGCUGUGGAUUCCAUGACUCUGAAGGAGAACCUCGAAUUCUACGCCCGCGCGAGAGGCGUUACUGGGAAGGAAAAGGAUGAGAACAUUCAUGAGAUCAUCACUCGUCUUGGAUUGACAGAUCAUACGAAUAAACUGGUCAAGAAGCUAUCUGGUGGCACGAAGCGGAAACUCUCACUCGGUAUCGCUCUUGUCGCAAAUCCUUCUGUCCUUCUCCUUGAUGAGCCUUCUUCGGGUAUGGACGCAGCGGCAAAGAGAGCUCUUUGGGCAACACUGGCUGCUAUAUCUGCUGGAAGAUGUUUACUGAUCACGACGCAUAGUAUGGAAGAAGCUGACGCGCUUUGCGAUCGUGCUGGUAUCAUGGCGGGGAGAAUGUUGGCUCUUGGAACGAUUCCGGAUUUACAUCAACGUUUUGGUGACAGAGUCUAUAUGCAAGUUGUGCACAAGGAUGCUCCGAGAUCGAGUCUGAAAGAUGUAGAGGAUCUGUGGGCAUGGGUGAGAAGAACGUUUGUUGUUGCUGAGACGGAGAGGUCGGUCGGCGGGCAGGUGAGGUUCUCGGUUCCAGUGGAGAGGAAAGAGGGCUCACAAGAAGAUGGGUUGUUGGAUGGGAGGAGUAUGGGAGCUUUGUUCCGGGCUGUGGAAAGCAGUCGAGAAGAGAUGGGAAUUCGGGAUUACAGCGUUAGUCAUGCGACGCUGGAUCAGGUUUUCUUGAAUGUGGUGGAGAGGCAUGGUGUUGAUGAGGAGAAUUCUGAGGGACAGAUGAAGAAGGGACUGGCAGCGAGGUUGUUAAAAAGAUCAUGAUAGAUACUCACGAUAGAUACCGAUAAACUCACAGGCUGACCGAAUUUGAAAGGGUUUCAUUAGCCAGUAUUACUUGUUGGGCCAUUGGAGAUCUAUUGAUACAUCCUCGCCACUUCGCAGAGUAGCCACAGUCCGAGAUAUAUGCAAUUCGUCCAUUGAAUUGCAUGGAAGCAAUCGCUCAAUGAGUUCUGGACGAACAUGGCAGGGUCUGCGAUUGGCGCUCUAUUCCGAAACAAAUUGCCCAGAGCAUGUAUUGCGAAGAAUAGAGCACCUCCAGCUAGCGAGAACAUUG